AUGCAAACUGUUAUAGUAGAACGCCCAUUUGCUCCGUGUCUAUAUGCUGAAGUAGAUAUACCCCAGUACAAAAGUAUCUCAAUGUUAGUGGACACAGGUUCAACCUUUUCACUCUUUUCUUUUGUCGAUUAUCUCAAGCUUCCUAACCGUCCACUUUUGUACGAUACCAACGCAGUUCUAAGCACUGCGGAUGGUCGCCCUCUAUGGCCUGAAGGAAUGCUUCGUUUGGAAUUUGAUGUUGCAAACAAGAGUUUUAGACACGAUUUCCUAGUUGUUGAUAUGAAACUUAAUGGUGUGUUAGGUAUAGAUUUUAUUCUGAAGCAUAAAUAUAAUAUUGAUGUAACCGAGAUGGCUCUGGUGCAUGGUCAAGAACGCAUUCCAUUAACUCCACAAACUAAAGUUCCAACUUGUGCACUUGUUAGGCUCGCUAAAACUGUCAGGAUACCUGCUAUGUCUGAAAAGAUUGUUCAGGGUAUUGCUAGUGAAGAUUUAGGUGCAGUUGCUAUGUUGUUGGAACCAGGAGAAACAUUGGUUAAUAGGAAGUUGCUUUUGGCAAAAUCGUUAGUUAAUGGGAAUAAUAUUAAUAUGUGUAUUCUUAACAUGAAUAAUAAGCCUGUUGAACUUCCUGUUGAUAGCGUGAUAGGUAGGGUAGAAACAGUAACGGAAUUAGAUAAUAUACAUAGUGGUAUCAAAUCUCCGUCCGAAACUGUACCCGAACAUUUACAAUUCUUGGUUAAAGAGGCAUCUGGCAAUUUAAAAGUCAAGAAGCUUGAGAAGUUAAUCAUUGAGUUUGAGGAUAUUUUUAUGGACUCUGAUGGUCAGUUAGAAAUGGAAUUACAACUUAAAGUGGACCCUGCAGACUUAAGGGAAUUUCAAAAUUCUUUAAGGGAAGAUUUCCCUGAUGAUGGUCUACGAUGUAGAGUUGUUGGGUGCAUGACUACCGAUGUAAUGAAUAAAAGCUGA